UGGAUGUUUUGGAUGCUUUGGUGGGUGCUGUGUUCGUGGGAGGACAGGGGUUGAGAAGGAGACGCUGGGAGAUGAGGAUUGAUUUGUUUCACCUUACAAGGAAGUGAGCGCUGUGUCCGGGAAGGGGAGGGACUCCGACGACAAGUCUGGGGCGCCGUUGUGCUACUCACAGGACUGCACCACAACAGUGCAGCGUUUUAAUCCGAAAUAAUCCAUUCUAAUUCUGUAAUGUUCGCGUAAGUAACCUAGCGUUCUGCUAAACAGCACCAUGGGUGUACUGUUGGUUUAAAGGCGCGUUUAGCCCGGCUCUGCUCUGCCCGGCCCGGCCUGGCCCUGAGCGCUGUGAGCAAGCUAAAGGCUGUGCGGGCUUCUCACCACCACCACAAACCUUCGUCAAGUUGCCCGUGAACUUUGUCACAUUUCGGAGCCAUGAGCAGCCUGCUAUUGGUGAGAAACGGCAGGAGAGCGAUAUCAGUGAUCGGCGGGGGGCGCAGAGGCACCGACACACUUUCAGGAGUUGAUCCGGCUGCGCGGCGCACAAUCAUAGAUCUGUCCUACUCAGCGCACUUCAUGGAUUUCAAAGGAUCCUCCAUACCGAGCAGCAUGAAGAAGCUGGUCGUAAACAAGCUGAGUCCUAAUUUCAGGGAGGCCGUUUCUCUGCAGACGGUUGCUGUUCCGACACCCGGGGACGCGGAGCUGCUCGUCAGGAAUCGAUUUGCAGGAAUCAACGCCUCUGAUAUUAAUUACGCGUCAGGCCGAUACGACCCCUCGGUGAAACCCCCCUUUGAUGCCGGAUUCGAGGGUAUAGGUGAGGUCGUCGGCCUCGGCCUUAGCGCCAGCUCCCGUUUCACCGUUGGGGACACUGUGGCCUACUUCACAAGUGGUGCAUUUGCUGAGUACACUGUGGUGAAAGCCAAGGAGAGCAUCCCUGUCCCUGCAGUGAAGCCAGAGUUCCUCACCCUGCUGGUCAGCGGAGCCACGGCAUACAUCGCCCUGAAACGUCUGGGCGACCUGGCCGAAGGUGAGACGGUUCUGGUCACGGCGGCUGCAGGAGGGACGGGACAGUUUGCGGUGCAGUUUGCCAAACAGGCCGGCUGUCACGUGAUUGGUACCUGUUCAUCUGAUGAAAAAGCAGGCUUCCUGAAAUCGAUUGGCUGCAACAGGCCGAUCAACUACACCUCUGAAGACCUGGCGAAGACGCUGAAGAAAGAGUACCCCAAAGGCAUAGACGUGGUAUACGAGUCUGUCGGAGGCAGCGUCUUAGAGCUCGCUGUGAAAAGCUUGGCCACUAAGGGCCGGCUGAUUGUGAUCGGCUUCAUCUCAGGGUACCAGAGUGCAUCAGGGUUCCCACCUUUUAAAGGGGACACCCUACCCAUCAAGCUGCUCCAGAAGUCAGCAAGUGUUCGAGGCUUCUUUCUGCCGCACUUCUUCAGUGACUACAGAGAGGCUCUGGGCACCAUGAUGCAGAUGUUUGCAAAGGGGAAGCUGCAGUGUGAGGUGGAUUGUGGGGAUUUGUCAGAGGGGGGGAGGUUUGUUGGCCUGGAGUCGGUCUUCAGGGCUGUGGACUUCAUGUACGCCGGGAAAAACCUGGGCAAGGUGGUGGUGGAGGUGGCACCACCCACCGUUAGCAACAGUAAACUGUGAUUCAACUGAUUGUUAAUGCACUAAAUAAUGACCUGAGUGAUUGUUUGAGAAGAAGUGUGGUGCUUAAAUCUUUCGUCCACAGAGAUUUUGUUCUUUAUUUUUGUAAGAUGGUUGAUGAAAUACUUCAAGUUGAGCGACAUGAUGCCUUAUGAAUGAAACUAAUUACUAACCUCAUGUUGAUUCUGAGGGCUGGAUGCAACACAGCUGUUUUUGUCAUGUAAACGCUAAGCUGUCCCAGAAAAUCUGAAAAUAAUACUCUAUGCUUUGAUGAUCAAAUUGCACAAGUGUCAAGAUUUAAAAUAAAAAAGUGGAUUCGUAGAUUAUUUUUCUA